AUGUCAGAAACCGCUGAUCGGCAAUCCGUCUCGCCAGAGAAUACCACGUUGUCAAGUGCUUCGUGCACAUCAACAACGGCGACUCCCUCCAGUACAUCGGUUAGUGGUGCUUCCUGGGUAAUGCGAGCGGCAGCAACAGUCCAACCCGUCCAAACGCCUCCCCCACCUACUCCCUCGCCAGGCCUGCUGUCCGCCGUUGCACGACAGACCGCAGAAAUUCGGCCACUGACUAAUUUUGUUGCUACUGUUCUACCGACGACCACAGGACUCUUUGGCGAUCAACAUCCGCAUCAGCCACAGGUCAGUAGCAGCUACCUCUCGCCGGUUCCUCAGAGUCAAAGCACCUUCCAGUCUAUCGAGACUUCAGCCUUCGCGGGAAGCUCUCAGACCACCGAAUCACAGCCAUUCCCGAAUUCUGCCGCUUCUUUGAGACCCAUGAAGUUUCUUCCGGCGAUGCAAGUAGGCACGAGUUCAUCUACCUUCACCACAGACGACCAACAACCAGUAACUGCCGCAUCAUUUCAACCUCGUGCUUCCACGAUUGGGAAGCGGACUUACGAGGAAGCUGUCAUGGGCUCAGACCAGCACACUCAGCCUUCAGGUUCUGGAGAGACGGCCCAAGACGACAGCCCGAUGUCCCCUUCAGCAUCCGGCUCUUCUGAAAACCAGGAGCCGAAACGAUUCAAGUCCACGGUAUUCACUCCAACCCGGUCAUCCAUGGAAGCCACACUGCUAGUUUCUCCGAUGAUGACAGCGCCCUCCGCUGACCCCAACGUUUCCGUAUUCACAGAAACAAUCAACGUGGAAAUGGAAGGUACUGCGGAUUCAAGUGUUGAGCACCAGGAAGACCAAGUUGAAGAAAUCAGCCCCGAUGUAGAAGAGGAGGGGGAGGUGAUGCCGGUACAGCAGAUGACGCCUUUGUCCUGCAAUGAGGAGGACGUUGAUGUGAAUGAUGAAAUUGUGGAGGAGGGAGAGGAGGACCAGCAACAGGAGGACGAAGAUCCCCGCUUAGUCAUUGAAGAUGUCGAUAGCCAGUCCCAAAUGGUCCCCGAAGAGGUGAUGCAUCUAGCGCCAGAGGAAGAGAGCACUGAUGGGGAAGACGACAGCGAGGGUGACCAGACCGAUUAUGAAGCAGAGGACCAAUGUGCUGCUGCUGCUGCUGUCGAAGGCGGUGAUGUUGAGGAAGACAAUGGCGAAGACAAUGAAGGCGCUAACGAAAGCGACGACGCUGUCAUUGUUCUCAGUAGUGGCCGAGACGAUGACGAUGAUGAUGAAGACGAAGAAGAUGACGACGACGGCGGUGACAAUGCACAAGAGGUCGAGGACGAAGAGAGCCGGUCAGAAGGCGAAGAAGCUCAAAUUGCCGAUGAAGCGGGCGAGAGCGGUGAAGCCAGUCUGGGUAGCGGCGAUUUGGAAUGCGAAGGCGACGAAGGACCCGCCUCCGAAGCCGAAGACGCCGAGAACCCUGCGCCUCCACCGACGACAGUGGCCCCUCAUAGUGAUUCCCUCUUCUCUCAAACGCUUUCAACUUCUGGCACAGCAGGUGGUGGUCUCUUCAGCUCAAUCACAGCGUCAUCGAGUUCUGGUCUCUUUUCUGGAUUGAAAACCCUUUCUUCAGAUACAGAAAAACCCGUCUCUCUCUUUGGUAGCGCGGCUACAACGUCCAGUAGUUUGGUAACCUCCGCACCACGUGGUCUGUUUUCAAGCCCCCUGCUGUCCACACAGCCCCAAGCCUCAGCUAGCCUUAACCGCCCAACCUCCGUCACGGUCUCCCAAUCUCUGACCACUUCCUCAAAACCCGUUUCAACUUUACCCGCGGGUGGUUUGUUGGCCUCAACUACGAGCAGAGAAAAGAUCCAACCGAUUGUGUGGACAGACAAGCCGGCUGCUUCGCGGAAACACUCCACCCCAGCCUCCAACAUACCGACGGUGCCGCCAACUGGUUCGUUUGGUCCGGCGUUGGGUGGAGCCAGUCGGCGGAAGCACUGGGGCCCCUUCGGGGGAGUCGGGAAGGGCCUCCCGAGAGGCGGUCAUCGGUGA